AUGACUGUUUAUUACACGCCAAGUGUGUCUACUGCUAAGUUCAUCGAUUUUGUUCGGGUAUUAAUUCGUUGGAGAGGCUCUGUUUGGAAACUUAUACUACCUGAACUAUGCAUUUGGCUUAUAGCAUACUCAAUCUUGAACCUCGUGUAUAGACUAGCACUUACUGAAGAUCAAAAAAGAGCUUUUGAAACAGGUGUUCUUUUUAUUCGUCAUUUUAUGCAUUAUAUACCAGUGACGUUUAUACUCGGAUUUUAUUUGUCACUGGUCAUGACACGAUGGUGGUUUCAGUACAGCCAUAUUGGAUGGAUUGAUAGUUUGGCGCUUAUGGUUGCUUCCUGGAUAAAUGGUACGGAUGAAAAAACUCGUCUUAUACGCCGAGCAAUUGUGCGCUACAUGCUGCUUUAUCAAGUUUUAAUACUGAGGAACGUUAGCAUUAGAAUACGAAAAAUAUACCCAACAAUCAAGUCUUUGUUUGAAGCUGAAAUAGAACAUAUCUCCGGAUUUCGUUCAGCAGUAAUUCAACUAUGGCUUGCUGAUUGGGUACCCGUACCGCUGGUGUACACUCAAAUAACCUUCACCUGUGUACGAAGUCAACUUAAAAAAUUACAAAUAAAAUGGCAAAAAAUUUUAAUUCUUGAUGCAUACGUUCCGUUUCUUGAAAUAAUCCAGUUUUUCUGCUACAUGGGUUGGGUCAAAGUUGCCGAAGUGUUGGUAAAUCCACAAGGUGAAGACGACACCGAUUUUGAAACCUAUGUUUUUAUUAAACGUAAUCUUGCUACUGCUAUGGAAGCUGCUGAUGGAAAUAUUUCUUGGAAACCUACGCUAUAUAGAGACAGUUUUUGGAAUGAUAAAAACCUUAAUAUGCUUUAUACGGUAGAAACAGCAAACAUUGAACAGCAUCCAAUUAUUGGAUCUGUAGCCACAAAGUUACAAAGUCGUCGAAUGAGUAAAGAUGUUCAAAUGAUACAACGAGUACAAGCAGAAAGUAAAACUGUAAAACCAAUUGUGGAUAACAGUUAUCAGUUUGAGCAACCGGAAAGCUCCGACGAACAAUCGAACACUUCAGAAUUUUCUGUCGUAUCCUCUCGGAGACCAUCACGCGGCAGUAUAACCGAAAUUAAAUCAUCGAGCGACAACGAUGAACAGCGACCAGUUCGACGAUUUCAUCGUAUUGCUUCUAAAGAUAGUCAACUGGCUGCGGUAGACGAAGUUGAUGAAGUCGAAGAACUCUCAUGGGACAGAGACUUAAGCGAAAACGACUGGUCGGAUGCCUAUUUGGAUGAACCAGCAAAUAUCAAGCAGAACAACUAG